CCCCGCAAAUCCACACCAGACGACCAAACCCUAGCCAGCUCGCUCGCCCCCCGCCGCGCGCCUCCCCAGAUCUCGCCGCCGACCCGCGCCCCCCGAUGGCCGCUCCAGCCGCUGGCCUCCUCGCCGGCUUCUAGUUCGCCAGCUGCGAGCAGAUCGGGCCGCGCACAGCAGGCAUGGAGGAGGACGCGGCCGCGGCGGUAGCUGCGGCGGCGCCCGACUCGUGGGAGACGGCCGACCUCGACGGGGCCAUGAGCCGCCUGCUCCUCUCCUCCUCCUCGGCCUCACCCACCGCGCGAAGGGUCUCCUCCUCGCCCGACCUCGCCGACGACCGCCAGGCGCAGCAGGAGCAGGAGCAGGACCACGCGCGCGGGGACGAUCCGCCCGCGCAGGUCGACCACUUCCUCCGCGAGGCCCUCGAGAAGCCCCGCGAGCGCCUCCAAGUGCUGCGGAUGGAGCAAGACAUUCUGAAGUUCCUUCGUGACCCCGGGCAGACGCAGUUUGAGUUCCAGGGCCUUCCAACUUCGUACCUGCGUCUCGCUGCGCACCGUCUGGCACAGCAUUAUUUCCUGAUCUCAAUCGCCCUGCCGGAUAACAGUCUGCCUGAUGGAACCAGUUCACGGAUCAUCCUUCGCAAAACGUCGGCUGAGUGCCGAUUGCCUGCUGUCCGCCUAGCUGAUAUUCCAGUUAAUCUCCCUCAAGAAGAGAGCAGCGCUGUGGCCACCAAAGUAGCUAUUAAGCAAAGGCCGCAGAAGAAUCAGCAUGGCGGCGCAGGCGCAGGUGCCAACUCUAACAGAGGCAACCUUCAGAAAAGCGUCGAGGAGAGGAAAGAGGAAUACAACAGGGCACGUGCUCGCAUAUUUAACAGCAGUAGUGGUAGCACUAGUCCGGUUGAUGGAAGACCAGCUGAUGAAGUGGUUUUGCCCAACACCCUACAUAGGUCCACUUCCUUGGAGUUGAACUCAAACACCAGGUUUGGUGAAUUGACUGAAGCUACCCUUGAAAGGAGUUUGACUAGCACUGCAUCUAGCAGCAGAUCAAAUAAUAGAAGCAGGAUUGACAAGGAGCCUCCAGUCAAUAGGGGCAGGCAAGGCAAUAGGGUGGCGAUAUUUCGAGACCGUGACUCUGAUCGCAAGGAUCCUGAUUAUGACAGAAGCUAUGACAGGUAUAUGCAAAGAUUUGAUCCUGGAUUUGGAUUUAAUGGCGGUGCGUACACCAUUCAACCUCUGUAUGCUCCUGCUGUUACCUACAACACUGAAUUCCCCCAGCUUGGGUCACCACAAAUGUCUCCUGUUCCUGUUGAACAGCAGCAGCCUCAUCCAAUGGCUCAGCACAUGCCUGGGCCCUGGUCGCCGGCUCAAUCACCUAAUGCAGUUGGCUACAGGCCUCCAGAUGGUGUUAUGCCACCCUACAGUCCUGGCCAAGCUGGUGCUCCUGUCAGGUCUUCUGUUUUCAUGCAUGCUUCCCAGCAAUAUGCCAUGCCUUCACGCCCAGGAGUCACAUUUGUACAUCCACAGGAUUCCAUGCGACCAUUUGCACAGACUCACCACCAACAACAAUCUGAAGCUAGUCUACGCUUAGCCCGGCCCCGGUGAGGGGCCUGGGCGUGCCUGCUCCUGCCAGCACGAGCCGAACUUCCAACUCAAAUCGGAUGGGACAUUCCUUCUCAUUUCUGGCUGGCAGGAGCAGGCAUGAAAGAGCCGAGAAGCGCCGGGCCGAGCUAGUCAUCCACCUGAUCCUGUCAUGCCCGUGCGCUUCUUGGUGUUGUUCCUCCCUGCACAUUGAGAUGCAGGCGGGGCACCGUACUCCUUGAACGGUGGAGUAAACUGCAGACAGUUGCGUGGGCCUCAGAAGUCCAUGACACAUGGAAAGAAGCUGAGAAGUCUAGGGCAGAGCCGGUCGCCGCCUUGCCCUUGCUCGGUUUCUUUGUUCUCGGCAAUGCUGUUCCCCCUUGCAUAUGUGAGAUGCAGGAGGGGCGCCUGUUGCCGCCACUGGCUCCUUGGAACGCGAGUGGCGCCACGUGGGCUGCAAGAGAAGAGAAUGGCGUGGGGGUAUCCAGCACGUGGGUCGACGACCAGGACAUGGCUGCCCCACUGGAUCACCAGGCCCGGCGCUCGUAUUGCGUCUGGCUGAAGCCGCACCGGUCUGAAGCUGCGUGGCUCGAGCUGGAGCGGGGAGGCAAGCUGCAUCGACUGCCACCCUUGCUCUCGGGGUCUGCAGGGAACUGCCGCUGAUGAUGACGACGACGACGAAGAGUUUCUAGUCCUGGCUUUGUGUUGUCUUUAAGAUUCUUGAAUUCAAACUUGCUAGUAGUAGAGUCCUAGUACUAUGUGUGUGUGUCUGUACAUGGUAGCAAUUGGGUGAAUCCCAACUUGUUUAUUAAUUAACUAUGUUGUUGUCAGGUUACUACAACUUGAGAUGCUGCUGCUGCUAAGAUCCAUUAGCUUUUUAUGUAACA